AUGGGUGAAGCUGUAUCGAAGAUCGAGGGAAAGCUUGACGAGACGUUCAAGAGGAGACAAUCCAACGAAAAGGUGAUAGAAGGCGGUAUUGACGUCGAGGGAAAUAUCGUGAAGCAGGUCGAGAGCGGCAAGGAGCCUACUUUCCGACGCUUGCCUACCCCCGAAUAUCAGAAGAGCGAUGUGAAGACGCCGAUCACAGAAACCAUCGUCUCCCCUGUGUCCCCGGUGUCUCUUACCGGCUCACCCGAAGGCUUCAAAGCCCCAGCUUCCACAACAGGAUCAGCGCCCGCAAACUAUGGCGGUAGCGACGUAGCGUCAGUGAGGAGUGAUGCGACACUUCGACCACCGCGCGGGCCCCUGCCCACGAUCCCUGGUUCUCCGCGCGAGUCCGGCGCAUCUCAAGGGGCACAAACGCCGUCUACUGAGAAGUUGAGCUUUCCUCUACGGUCCGCAUCUAAGCAGCCAGUCGGCGCUGCGAAAGGAUUACCGCGAACACCCGCUCCUCUGAACAGACAGCGUGCGCCCACUCCAUCCUCGCGCCCUGGAAGCUCAUCCAGCGAUGCCGCCACCGGUGUUGUUCCGAAGCCUGGAGAGACUGCGCGCGAAGGACCGCCGGUGAAGCUUACCCUUGAUACCAAAUCGGCCACAGUAUCGAGCUUCGACAACGCCGUACAAGCCGCAGGCGAGUCUAUAGGCGAGCCUCUUACUCCAUCUCAUCCGGCAUACUUUCCGAAGACGCUCCUCUCUACCAGCAAGGAGGUUGCUUUCCGCCCAGCCGUUAAAGAGAGCCAUCUACGAUGCUUUACUUCGCACGCAACCCUGGUCUCGGACCCGAACCGCCUCGGCAUGGGUAAAUGUCAAGUCUGUAGCAAGGACGACAACAGCCCCCGAAAAAGUUGCGGCCACUGCUUUCUACAUCUCUGCGAGCCGUGCUCGCAGGUUCUUACCGAUAUGAAAGGCAAUCUAAAGCAGCUCAUGGAAGUUGUCAAGAAUCAGGGCAUCAAAGGCAAAGCAGUUGCGGCACCAGAGUCUACCACAGGCUCUGCGACAUCCGAUAGCACCAUUCGCCCAACUCGAGCUUGA